GUUGGUUAAGGAUUAUCAACCUUUCCUUUACAAACCCCAAAUUAGGAUCCAAGUUGUUUCUUUGAGGGUGAAUCCACUUUUCUGUGCUGGAAAACGUAUUCGUCCUUUCUAUUUUUAAACUUGAUCGAUAGUAUUCAACCUUUUUCCUUCUCUUUGCGGUUCAGUCCAUUUCCUAUUCAGCAAAGCGUCGACUGAAUGGUUCCACGGGACUUUCUAUCAUUUUAAAUCGAAUCCUCUAUAUGAACUCCCCCCCUUGUUAAUCUUUCUCACGUUUCUUUUAAGUAUUCGUAUUUGAUUGAUACAUUCUUGUUUGCAUCCUCUACAUACAAUUCUGUAUCUGUUGCUUAUUUAAAUUUCCUUGCAUCUUAUUCAAUUUGGAUUAUUUCUUCAAACGUAACGAUCUCUAAGUACGUCUGUCUCUUUCAAAUUUGAUCUUAAACCCCUCUCAUAUUUCGGUUUUCCUUUCCAGCUUUUUGUUUUUCUUCGUAGUGACCACUCUUUAAAGAAGUCAUUAAUUUCAUCAUGUUGCGUCUAUCGAAGACCGUUCGUUAUUCGAGGGCCUCUCAAAGACUUCGUCUUUCAAAGAUUGGCUCUCUUCGCCCUUUUGCCUCUCAAGCCCCUACCGACACUUUCCUUACUGGAAGUGCUGCCGAUUAUGUUGAUGAAAUGUAUGAAGCCUGGAAAAAGGACCCCAAUAGUGUCCAUGUUUCUUGGCAAGCAUAUUUCAAAAACGUAAAGUCCGGUAAAUCUAAUCCGUCGAAUGCGUUUCAACCCGCUCCUUUAUUAGAUUAUAUGGGCGAUUACAAUGAUGUCGAUUCCGCUUUGGCUAACAACAAAAAUAUCGGCGACGUCGACGUCAGCGUCUAUAUGAAAGUUCAGCUCUUGGUUCGUGCUUAUCAAUCUAGAGGUCAUCAUGUUUCCAAAAUUGAUCCUUUGGGCAUCAAUGUAAAUACACGACGCCCUUCUGAACUUACAUUAGAACACUAUGGAUUUACCGAUGCCGAUUUGGAUCGAGAGAUCCGUCUCGGUCCUGGUAUUCUCCCCAACUUCCGUGAUGCUGGCUACGAAUCCAUGAAACUUCGUGACAUUGUAGAUGUCUGCGAGCGUAUUUACUGUGGUAGCUUUGCUGUUGAGUAUACCCAUAUUUCAUCUCGUACUAGAUCAAACUGGAUUCAAGCUCACUUGGAAACACCAACUCCCUUCAAGUAUAAUCAUGAUGAAAAAAUGAUGAUUUAUGAUCGUUUAAAUUGGGCUCACAGCUUUGAACGCUUCCUUUCCACAAAAUUCCCCAAUGACAAGCGUUUCGGUUUGGAAGGUUGUGAAUCUAUGGUUCCUGGUAUGAAAGCGUUAAUUGAUCGCUCGGUGGAACACGGUGUCAGCAACGUGGUUAUUGGUAUGGCUCACAGAGGUCGUCUUAAUGUCCUUCACAAUGUUGUUCGUAAGCCUGCCCAAGCUAUUUUCUCUGAAUUCCGUGGUACCCAAGACCCCGAAGAUGAGGGCUCCGGUGAUGUUAAAUAUCACCUUGGUAUGAAUUAUCAACGUCCUACUCCUUCUGGUAAGCGUGUUAGUCUCUCUCUGGUUGCAAAUCCUUCUCACUUGGAAGCUGAAGAUCCUGUCGUGCUCGGAAAGGUGCGUGCUAUUCAGCAUUAUACAAGUGAUGAAGCUUCUCACGAUCAAUCUAUGGGCGUUUUGCUUCACGGUGAUGCCGCCUUUGCUGCUCAAGGUAUCGUUUAUGAGACUUUAGGAUUACAUUCUUUGCCUGGUUAUAGUGUCGGUGGUACUAUUCACAUUGUUAUUAACAACCAAAUUGGAUUUACUACUGACCCACGUUUUGCUCGCUCCACCCCUUAUUGCACUGAUAUUGCUAAGACUAUGGAAGCUCCCAUUUUCCACGUCAAUGGUGAUGAUGUUGAAGCCACUACAUUCAUCUGUCAAUUGGCUGCUGAAUGGCGUAAAACUUUCAAGACAGAUGUUGUAAUUGAUAUUGUUUGCUACAGAAGACACGGUCAUAACGAAACCGAUCAGCCUUCCUUUACUCAACCCCGUAUGUACCAAACUAUUUCUGAACACGAGCCUACUUUUAAUAAGUACACUGAAAAGCUUUUAAAUGAAAAGAGCAUUACUCCUGAAGAAGUGGAAGCUCAAAAGAAGCGCAUUUGGGAAAUCUUAGAAAGUUCUUUUGAAAGCAGUAAGGAUUACAAGCAGGACCAGAGCGAGUGGCUAUCUAAUCCUUGGGUUGGCUUUGCUUCUCAUAAGGACUUGCAAAACAAGAUUUUGCCAUCUUAUCCCACUGGUGUUGACAUUCCCACUUUACAAAGAUUAGGUAAAUCCCUUUAUGAAAUGCCCGAGGGAUUUGAGGCCCAUCGUAACUUGAAACGUAUUUUGAACAAUCGUUUGAAGGCUGUUACAUCUGGAAAGCAAAUUGAUAUGCCCACUGCUGAGACCUUGGCCUUUGCCACACUUCUUGAGGAAGGCCAUCACGUUCGUGUCAGUGGACAAGAUGUUGAACGUGGUACAUUUUCUCAGAGACACUCUGUUUUGCACGACCAAAAGUCUGAAAAUGUUUACAUUCCUCUCAACCAUCUCAGCGAUAAACAAGCUAGCUUUGUUAUUCGUAACUCUUCUCUAUCGGAGUAUGGUGUUCUAGGCUUUGAAUAUGGUUAUUCGUUAUCUUCUCCUAAUGCAUUGGUUGUAUGGGAAGCCCAAUUCGGUGAUUUCGCCAACAAUGCCCAAUGUAUCAUUGACCAAUUCAUUGCUGCCGGUGAAACUAAGUGGUUACAACGCAGUGGUAUCGUACUUUCUUUGCCUCAUGGAUAUGACGGUCAAGGUCCUGAACACUCUUCUGCUCGUAUCGAGAGAUAUUUGCAAUUGUGCAAUGAGGAUCCCCGUACUUUCCCCUCUGAAGAUAAGUUGCAAAGACAACAUCAAGAUUGCAACAUCCAGUGUAUCUACGUUACAAAGCCUUCUCAAUACUUCCAUGCAUUACGUCGCAACAUCCACCGUCAAUUCCGUAAGCCUUUGAUUGUAUUUUUCUCGAAGUCUUUGCUUCGUCAUCCUGUCGCUCGCUCUGACAUUGAAGAGUUUGAGGAGAAUCGUGCCUUUAAGCUUAUUCUCGAAGAAGAAGAGCAUGGUACUAAGAUUCAAGCACCCGAGAAGAUUGAUCGUCUCGUAUUGUGCACUGGUCAAGUUUGGGUGGCCUUAUCGAAGGCUCGUGAAGACAAUAAGGUUGACAACGUUGCUUUCACUAGAAUUGAGCAAUUACAUCCUUUCGGCUGGAAGCAAGUUGCUGAGAAUAUUUCUAAAUAUCCUAAUCUCAAAGAAAUUGUUUGGUGUCAAGAAGAGCCUUUGAAUGCUGGUGCAUGGUCUUACAUGGAACCUCGUAUCUACACAAUUUUGGAUCACCUUGGUCGUAAGCUUCCCGUUCGUUAUGCCGGUCGUGCUCCCUCUGCUAGUGUUGCCACUGGUAACAAGCAACAGCACAUCUUAGAAUCUGAGCAACUCUUAAAUGAGGCUCUAUUAUAAACGCUUAUAAAACGGACAGGUCUAUGAAAUGAACUAGAGCUAUGCUAUUUGUUCAUAUACAUCGUUUGACUGGCUAUAAUCUGUUAAUGAAAAACUAUAUGAGAUAGAGGAACACUGUUCCGUAGAAAAUUUCAUGAAAUAUUCUAAUAAAUCACGCCUUAUCUAGAUAUAAGUCCUUGCUGUAUUAUUUUGCAAAUCCACUUUGUAAAUAAAUAAUAGUGCUGAUUGAUGGAAGUUUGGGAUUUACCCGAUGAUUAAACUGCUACUAACGCAAAAGAAGUACGUACAACAACUUCAUAGCGGAAUGAAU